UACCUUAUUUGUUUUACGAAAUCUUGUCGUAUUGACGAGAAAUUUUUACGCGUUCUUACGAAAAAUCUAAUUAUCAACAAGCAAUUUUAUAUUAUGAUCAAUAUUUUAUUUGAAUGCGUUUAUGAUAUUAUACAUUAAUUACGAUACUUCUGUUAACAUCUUUGUAUUUGUCCGUAUUUGCUUCUUACCUGUAAUAAAUUGCGCCUAAAGAUUCAAGAUGAUGGUAAGCUACCACGUACUAUCUGCCCCGGUUGCAAUAUUCAACUGGAAGCAACAAUCCAGUUCUUCGAAUUACUGGUGGAUGGUCAAAGGAAAAUUCGUGAGAUGUGGAAGCACCAGUUAGAACAAACACGGAAGGCUGAACGAGAGAGGCUUCGUACUGGAAAGGAUAAUACAGAAAUUGUAACAGAAAUGUCCGAAUUAGAUAACAUUUCGCAGUAUAAUGAGGAAGAUCAAUUUGAACAACAAAUUAUAAUAAAAAUAAUGCCGGAUGGUUCUAUGUAUGCUGCAGAACAUGAAAUGAGUUUACAAAUGGAAGGUUUAAGUAAACCAAAACGAAAAAGAGGACGACCACCGAAAACACAUGUAGAAAACAUAUCCAUGGAAUUAACAAAAGAAGAUGUAAUAGAAGGAGGAAGUCAGGAAGAAGAAGAUAAACAAGAAGAAGAAGUAGACGACAUAGAUGGAGAUGGGAGACGUCGUAGGAAGCGUAAAGUUCCUAAAAGAUAUAUGGAAGCGGUCCAGGGCAAGGAAUUGGAAAGAAUAUACAAGGAAGAAGGAGUAAUUGAUGAAGAAGAUGACGAACAACCUGAUAAUUUUGAAGAUUCUGAGGAACAGUUGAAUGUAACUGUGCCCGAUAGUCAAGAAGAAAUAAUUGGUCAUUUAGAAUCCGAGGAAGGGAAAGACCUAGGAGAGUUAGUGAUAGUAAAUCGAGGUAGAGGACGAGGCAGGCCAAAGCUACGUCGUAGGAGAAAUAAAUUCACGUGUCAAUUUUGCGGUCGAGGUUUCCUACAACGUAGUAGAUACAUUGUGCACAAGAGUUUUCAUAAAGGAAUAAAAUAUGAGUGUUUAGAAUGCAAAAAGUUAUUUACAAGUAAGGAAAAUUUGGGGUUACAUCAGAAAGCAACUCACCACACUGGAGACGAUAUAAAUGAAAGUUUUGAACAUGAUGUCCAAGAUCCAAGUCCGGAGUCGAAACAACCUUUGUCCGAAGAGGAUCGUAAUAUUACCGAAGUUCUCAAAUCUCCUUUAUCAGAGAAACGAUGUGUAAAUAAAUUUUCAAAUAUUUCUAGCAGUUCCCAAAAGGCUCUUUUAUGCGAACAAUGCGAUAAAUUGUUCGAAACAAAAGAAGCUUACGAUUUGCAUCUGAAAACGGAUCACGAGCGUGAAAAAUUAUUUAUUUGUACUAUUUGUAAUAAAAGUUUUACCCAACAAAUAGCUUUGAAGGCUCAUAUGCCCAUACACGACAGAAAUAAACUGGAAAAAGAAUAUCCUUGCGAUAUUUGUGGAAAAGUUCUAAAUCAUCCUAGUUCCGUAGUAUACCACAAAGAGGCAGAACAUAACGAUGGUCGUCGAUUUGUUUGCAACAAGUGCGGUAAAAGUUUCAAACACAAGCAACUGUUGCAACGCCAUCAACUUGUACACUCGGACGACCGACCUUAUAUCUGUAAAUCCUGUAAUGCUAGUUUCAAAACGAAAGCAAACUUAAUCAAUCAUCAGUCUACGCAUACCGGCGAAAAGAAAUAUUUUUGUGAAAUUUGUGGACAACAAUUUGCGCAUAAAACUAGUCUCACGCUGCAUUACAGGUGGCACACGGGUCACAAGCCGUAUACGUGCGAGGUGUGUCAUAAAAGUUUUUCGCAAAAUGGAAAUCUGCAAGAACAUAUGCGAAUACAUACAGGAGAGAAACCUUACUGUUGCGAUUACUGUGGGAGAAAAUUCACGACCUCGUCGCAAUUUAAACUUCACGUGAAACGUCACACUGGCGAACGUCCGUGGAAAUGUGAAUUCUGUGCGAAAUGCUUUCUACACAAAGACACGUGGAAAUGUCACGUGCGUAGACACAAAGGGGAGCGUCCUUUUCAGUGUGCUCAUUGCAAUCGCGGUUUUACAGAGCAGUGGGCUUUGAAAAAACAUCUUCGUCUUCACACUGGAGAAAAACCAUACUCUUGCGACGUUUGUGGAAAAGCAUUUGCAGAUUGUUCAAAUUUAACAAAACAUAAAAAAGUACACAGGGAGACAAAAAUUUCUGCAAUAGGCGAGGUAGAAGGAUCUCCGAUUGGAGAAGUUUGGCAAAUUUUACCAAGCUCUGAGACACCCGAUGAACAUUUAUUGACUGACCAAAUGGCUCAAGUCAUUACGACAGACGAAACGUCUGGAGAUGGUAUUCAACAAAUUAUUUACGUUUCUUACCAAGAUCCAGAUGAUCCCAAUCAGUCUCGGACUUUACAUUUUGUUGAUGCCGGAAUGAUGAGGAAAAAGGAUGAAAAAUCUAAUGCGAAUCAAUCGUUGUCACAUUUAAAUGUUGAGAAUGAUGGAAUACUUUCCAAUGCUUCUCAUACCAACGGAAAUAAUAAUUCAAACGAACGAAUAAAUGUCGAACUUUCGGAAACCGAUCUUCAGCUACAGAUAACGGAUGAAGAAGGUAAUCCAAUUCCCCUUUCGAUUCAAGAUGCACGACAAUUAUUAUCUCAAACACAAUUUGUUAAUCAACUUAACGACGAUCAAGAAAUUAGAGUUCAUUCUGGUGUGAUAGCGGAUGAACUAGCAGCACCAUUGAGCGUGCAUAUUAAUCAUGAGUCCGAUAUGAAAAGUGUUGAUAUUAUCAAUACAGAGGAUGGGAAAGUGAAAAAUAUUUCGCAUGUUCAAACGGAUGCAGAAGCAAUCGUAAAAGCGUUGGAGGAUGAAAAUACAGAUGCAAACGCGGUUGCAACAAUCAAUCAGAUGGAAGAAUCAGAACAACCAGGAAUCGCCGAAAGCGAACAAGCAAUUGAAUUCACGACGCAAGAUGGCCAAAAAGUUCGUUUAGUUACUUCUUAUCACGUUGAUCCAAUGCAACUUGCCUCCGAGUACCUGACUAUUGUAUAAAAUUUCGAAAA